AUGACCAGUCUCAUAUCAGGUCCUUUCCCACGGCUGUGUAGCCGCUUGACUCAUGCCACAAGCUCUUCUCGUCAACUUCGAUAUCCCGCAUCCAGUAGAAGACAUUUGUCCGUCCACCCCGUCGCAGGGUCGCUCGGGGCAGAAGUCCGGGAUGUCGACCUGACCCGCCUGCACGAGAACCCGGGAUGGGUGCGGGAAAUCCGCGAAGCAUUUCUCGACCACCAAGUCAUCUUCUUCCGGAACCAGGACCUGGAACCCGGGGCAUUUCUCACGUUCGCCUCUCACUUUGGCAAGGCGGUCGAGUACCCCUUCGUCAAGGGCAUCGAGGGCUUCCCUGAGAUCAUCCGCGUUCUCAAGCAGGAGCACGAGACCGUCAACUUCGGCGGGAUCUGGCACUCGGACACGUCCUAUCAGCAGACGCCUCCUUUGGGGUCGGUCCUCCUCGGGGAGGAAACCCCGCCGUACGGCGGUGACACGCUCUUUGCGAACCAGUAUGCGGCAUACGACUCUCUGUCCGAUGGACUCAAGGAGACUCUUGCCGGCCUCAAGGGAGUAAACACCUCUGCGAAAGCGGACGCGAGCAAGACGAGAGAAGACCGCAUCCGAGACAGUGGCAAUCCCACGCUGGCAGAGUCGUUUGAAGCGGUGCAUCCUGUCGUCAGGACACAUCCCGAAACUGGUAAGAAGGCGCUGUACGUCAACGUUGCGCACACGGCCCGGUUCGAUGGCUGGACCGAGGAAGAGUCUGCACCGUUGCUGAGAUUCCUGUUUCAUCACCAGAUCAGGCCGGAAUACACCUGUCGAUUUUCUUGGAACGUCGGAAGUAUUGCCUUCUGGGACAAUCGGUGUGUUCAACACAAUCCUAUCAACGACUAUAACGGUUUCAGACGGAACAUGUUGAGGAUCACACUUGCAGGAGAUACGCCUAGAUAA